AUGGUGGACAAAGACUGGGUUCAUCUGAGCAGAGUCGAUCCUGCUUAUGAGAGAGGAGCUACUAAGUUUGUACGAGAAGUGGCUGCAGCUUCGGGAGGAAUUGAUAUGAUUGAGGCUUAUAAGAAGCGUACUGAUUGGUAUCUGCAUGGAGAGUUGAGCUCAGUGCUUGCAGAUGAAAGAAGGGCAAGUCAAUGGAAUGAUGAGAUCAUUGGUUUAUACAGAGCCGCUGAGUGUUCCGAUGAAGCUUUAGCUGGUACGGGGGAUGUCUUUGAGAUAGCAGAGGGAGAGGACAAGAAAGAAGAUGAAUUUUUGGCGAAGCUAGCUGAAGCUGAAACACCUUUGUAUCCUACAUGUACGAACCAUAGCAAGUUAUCUGCAAUAGUGUCAUUAUUUAGAUUGAAGACUCAGAAUGGAUGGUCUGACAAGAGCUUCAAUGAACUGCUAGAGACGUUACCGGAAAUGUUACCAAAGGAUAAUGUGCUGCACACUUCACUGUACGAGGUUAAGAAAUUUUUGAAAUCAUUUGAUAUGGGUUACGAGAAGAUCCAUGAUUGUGUGAAUGACUGCUGCCUAUUCAGAUUGAAGUUGAAGAAGCUUGAGUACUGUCCAAAAUGCAAGGCAUCGAGAUGGAAGACUAAUAUCCAUACGGGUGAGAAGAAGAAAGGAGUCCCACAGAAAGUAUUACGCUACUUUCCAAUAAUCCCAAGGUUGAAGAGAAUGUUCCGGUCUGAGGAAAUGGCUAAGGAUCUAAGGUGGCACUUCAGCAACAAAAGCACUGAUGGGAAACUUCGACACCCUGUUGAUUCAGUCACAUGGGAUCAGAUGAAUGCGAAAUACCCUGCCUUUGCCGCUGAAGAAAGGAACAUGAGGCUUGGACUUUCAACAGACGGAUUUAAUCCAUUCAACAUGAAGAAUUCUAUGUACAGUUGCGGGCCGGUAUUGUUAGUCAACUACAACUUGCCACCUAAUUUAUGUAUGAAGAAGGAGAACAUAAUGCUUUCACUGUUGAUUCCUGGUCCACAACAGCCCGGUAACAGUAUAGAUAUCUACUUAGAGCCUCUCAUUGAAGAUCUAAACCAUCUGUGGAGCAGUGGAGAGUUAGUGUACGACACUUAUACUCGAUCAACUUUCACACUGAAGGCAAUGCUGCUUUGGACGAUCAGUGAUUUCCCGGCUUAUGGGAAUCUUGCAGGCUGCAAAGUUAAGGGAAAAAUGGGGUGUCCUUUAUGUGGGAAAAACACAGACAGUAUGUGGCUUAAGUACAGCAGAAAACAUGUGUAUAUGUGCCACAGAAAAGGUCUGCCACAAGCUCAUAGUUUCCGAGGAAAGAAGAAGUGGUUUGAUGGAAAAGCUGAGCAAAGGAGAAGGGGAAGAAUUUUAACCGGCCUUGAAAUUUCACAAACCUUAGAAAUUUCAAGAAUGACUUUGGCAUUGUUAAACAUUCUGGGAGAACUCCCGGUGAGGCACAACUUAGAUGUUAUGCAUGUAGAGAGAAAUGUGGCUGCUAGUCUAGUUUCGACAUUGUUGCACUGUGGGAAAUCUAAGGACGGUCUUCCGACUCGUAAAGAUCUUGAGGAUCUUGGAGACUUUUUGACUUCAAAGGGCCAGAUGGAUAUUGUUCCAACAUAUCUAGAGGUGUUUCAUUAG